AUAUCGACCCUGCCAAUCAUGGCUUGGCGUGCAGCUUUCCGCCAGCACUUGAUGAACGGGUCAAGGUGCUCGGAAUCGUGUGGAACCCAUCGCGCGAUGUUUUUACUUUUACGGUGACUCUCGACAGCGCGGUCCCACGAUGCAAACGCACGAUUCUGUCCACGAUCGCAAGGCUGUACGAUCCGUUGGGCUGGGCUACCCCCGUCACCGUCGCCGCAAAGAUCCUCAUGCAAGCGCUGUGGCGCUCGCAACUCGGAUGGGAUCAGGAUCUCGAUCCUCCCCUGCUCAAACAAUGGCACCUCAUUUAUAAAAAUCUCGUGCGCCUAAACGAAGUCACCUUACCGCGAUGGACCCAUGCUCAACCACACGCGUCCUUCGAGCUGCACGGAUUCGCCGAUGCAUCCACGCAAGCUUAUGCCGCAUCAAUUUACUUAAAGGCUUGUUCGCCUUCCGGUGAAGUCACCGUAUCAUUGAUCGCCGGCAAAUCUAGAGUCGCUCCGAUCAAGCCCCUCACGAUCCCUCGACUCGAGCUCUCGGCCGCCCUCCUUCUGAGUCGUCUCAUGCAGUUUGUCAGGGGCGUCCUCCGUUUGGAUUCCGUCUCAUGUACCUGUUGGACUGACUCCACUGUGGUCCUCUCAUGGCUACAAUCACAUCCAUCGCGCUGGACCACGUUCGUGGCCAACCGCGUCGCACAAAUUCAGUCGACUUUAUCAGGCGCCACCUGGCGCCAUGUACCCGCUGCAUACAAUCCUGCCGAUUGUGCAUCCCGUGGCAUUUUGGGUGAUGAGCUGCUCGCUCACACCCUUUGGUGGCAUGGUCCUCCAUGGCUAUGCUCACCUUCCAAGGACUGGCCCCACAACCCGAUUAAUUAUCAAAUGGAUGCUCCGUUAGAGGAAAGAGUACGCUCACAUCAUAUCGCGGAGGCCCCCAUCCAAUGGGACCUCGCGACUCGAUAUUCCUCUUGGAACAAAUUGAUUCGCGUCACCGCGUACGUCCUUCGCUUUGCCAAUGCGUGUCGCCGAUCCAAAAUCGAUGGUCGUACUCUGAGAAUCGAUUCCCUGGCGCUCUCCUCCGAUGAGUGCGCCCGGUCCACCAUCGUUUGGAUCAAACUCAUUCAGAGCGAGCUUUUCCCUGCUGAGCUCCACGCUCUCCUUUCGAAUCGAUCCAUCUCCUCAAAGAGUCCCAUCAUUGCGCUCAACCCGUUUCUUGAUCAUGAUCGCGUGCUGCGAGUGGGCGGUCUACUCCGAAACGCUCCGAUUCCGUACGGCCAGCGGCAUCCGAUCAUUCUGUCUCCUCAUCCUUUGGUGCGUCUCAUCGUUGCUCAUACUCAUUUGCGCCAUCUUCACGCUGGAGCCCAGCUUACUCUGAGUACUCUUCGUCGAACAUUCUGGAUCACCCGUGCCCGUAGCGUCAUUAAAUCUGUCAUUCACGAUUGCGUCGCGUGUACUCGCGAACGCGCUGUAGUUCCGACUCAGCUCAUGGGGGAUCUACCCGCCAGUCGCGUGUCCCCGUCUUCCCGCAGUUUUUCUCACUGCGGCGUCGAUUACGCUGGUCCAGUUCAUAUUCGGGCUUCCGCCGGUCGAGGCAUAACCUCGAGAAAGGCUUACAUUGCCUUAUUUGUGUGCCUGGCCACCAGAGCCAUUCAUUUAGAAUUGGUUGGAGGCUAUUCCACACCCGCGUUCCUAAGCGCUUUUAAUCGAUUCUGUUCACGCCGAGGCUUGCCCCAAGCCAUGUAUUCCGACAACGGCACAACCUUUACUGGCGCUGACGCGGAAUUGCGGCUCGCCUAUCGAAACGCGAUCCGCGACCCUAAUUUUCUCAAUCGCACCGCCUGCGACAGCGUUGAGUGGAACUUUAUUCCUCCUUCCUCUCCUCAUUUCGGCGGAUUGUGGGAGGCCGGUGUUUGUAGCGUGAAACACCAUUUGCGUCGUGUCUUGGGCAACCACACCCUCACCUAUGAAGAGUUCUCAACACUCUUGAUUCAGAUUGAGGCGUGUCUGAACUCUCGCCCAAUCGCUCCUCUUUCGGACUCGUUCGACGAUUAUCAAUGUCUGACUCCGGGGCACUUUCUUGUUGGAUCGUCUCUUACUGUUCCUCCUGAGCCGUCAUUACUCCACCUCGCCGAAAAUCGACUCUCGCGGUGGCAAACUGUUCGCCACAUGAUCGAGCGUUUCUGGAGACUGUGGACAUCCGAUUAUAUUAACACAUUGCAACAGCGAAGCAAGUGGCGAAAAAUUCAACCGUCUAUUAGUGUAGGAAAACUCGUGCUACUGCGCAACCCGUUGUUGCCUCCGUGCAAGUGGGAUUUAGGCCGUAUUAUCCGGUUGCAUCCGGGCUCCGAUGGUCACACCCGCGUCGUGACCGUCAAGACCGCCGCCUCGGAGUACGUUCGUUCAAUUGGAAAAUUGUGUAUUUUGCCACUCGAAAGCUCCGAUGGUGUCACCAUGUGA